UGCUGCUGCUCACACACCGAGCUCUCACACAGAACACCUGGAAAAGCGCCAUGUCUUCCCCCAGCGCCACCUCCUCCAGCCUGGCGCCCACGAGGAAAACCAAGAAGAAGCACUUCGUGCAGCAGAAGGUGAAGGAAGCCAGCGACCCCGUGAUGAGCGUGCUGAUGUGGGGAGUCAGCCACUCGAUUAACGAUCUGAGCCAGGUGCCUGUACCUGUCAUGCUGCUCCCGGACGACUUCAGAGCCAGCAGCAAGAUCAAAGUCAACAAUCACCUCUUCAACAAAGAAAACCUUCCUGGACAGUUCAAAUUUAAAGAGUACUGCCCACAGGUGUUCAGAAACCUGCGAGAGCGCUUCGGCAUCGAAGACCAGGACUUCCAGGUUUCUCUGGCCCGCAGCUCCCCGUUCAGAGACGAGGACGGGGUCUGUGGCGGGCUGCUCACCUCAUAUGACCACACUCUGGUCGUAAAAGAAAUUUCCAGCGAGGAGGUGGAAGAAAUGCAUAAUAUCCUCUCCGAGUAUCACCAGCAUGUUGUCACCUGCCACGGCAGCACGCUGCUCCCUCAGUUUCUGGCCAUGUACAGAGUCACAGUGGACGGUGAGGAGACGUACCUGCUGGUGAUGAGGAACAUGUGCAGCCACAGACUGCAGGUACAUCAAAAGUACGACCUCAAGGGCUCCCUGGUGUCUCGUGAGGCAAGUUUUAAAGAGAAGGUCAAAGAAGUGCCCACUUUUAAGGAUGUGGACUUCAGAAAUAACAUGCAGAAGGUGUAUGUGGGCGAUGAGGAGAAGGGAAAGAUCAUGGACAAGCUCAACAGAGACAUAGAGUUUCUAGUGCGCAUGAGGCUCAUGGACUACAGCCUCCUGCUGGGUAUCCACGAUGUCGACAGAGCUGAAAGGGAGGAAGAAGAAGAGGAGGAGGAGGUAAUGGAUUCGUCCUACGAGGAGGAAGCAGAGGGUGAAAAUGGCCUCCCUCCUCCUCCGGGCUCCACCUCCCCUCAAGGAAUCGCGGGCUACAUGAACUCCUUCAAGCCCAUGGGUCCCGGCGAGUUCGAUCCCUACGUGGACGUGUACGCCGUUCAGAGCGCCGUGGGUGCGCCCCAGAGAGAGGUGUAUUUUAUGGGUCUGAUUGAUGUGCUGACGCAGUACGAUACCAAGAAGAAAGCUGCCCACGCUGCCAAGGCUGUCAAACACGGGGCAGGUGCAGAAAUCUCGACGGUUCACCCGGAGCAGUACGCCAAACGUUUCAAGGAGUUCAUCGCCAACAUGUUUGCCUAAUUCAAGAACCUUUUAAUACAUGAAUAUUUCAGCUGUGCAAUGCCUACGCGGUGCCAAGUCAACAUCAUUUUAAUGAUGGGUUUAUAUCCAAGGCAGUGGGUUUUCCUGGCAGCUCGCGGCCGAUGAGUUCUGUUUUCCUUUAAAUCUCUGGCAACACUUCACAGACAGCUGAGCGUCCCUGAAGCAAGUAGAGUCAUGCAACUGAACCACUCCGCCGUUCAGAUAUUUAUCAUGGUGACCAGAGGUGAAUGGAGAUGUUUUUUUUUUCAUCACGUUCAUCCGUUACGCUUCCAGCUUUCUGUCUGAGAGAAUCAACCGUGUCCCCACAAGAUUUUGAAGCACGAUUCAGGUAUUGAUUUGUGUCUCCCUUAUUUUGAUUUCUCCGUCAAUGAUCAUGCUGUGGUGAUGAAAAUCAUUUGGGAUGAUGCCUCAUGUUUUACACGCCGCAGAGAUGAAUUUAUAUUUAAAAGUUCAUGUUAUUCGUGUUAUUGAAGAAAAAAGAUUAAUUUUAGGAGCAGCAGUGACGUUUCAAAAUCUAGCAUAAAAAGAUGAAAUGAAGCAGUUAAAAACAAAUCUUGCAAACGAGCAAAUUGUUAUUCUUUUUUUAAAUUGCAAUUUUAAGACAAUUGAGUUGAUUUUGUAUUUCAAUAAAGAAAUUAUGCUUUUACACUUUGACUCUCAAUCAGAUUAUUUUGGCAGUAAUUUCUAUGAAUUAUCACGUGUUGUAUCAUCUUCAAGGUGGACUUACAUGUAGAGUCAGUACAUCUGUUAUUUCACUUGAUGUCUGGAACGCUCAUGUUAGAGUUUCCGCCUAAUUACCUGUCAGACCACAUGAGACGGCAUUAAAAAAAGGUACUCUAAGUAAUCCAUGUUUUUGGACUGUGGGACACCUGAAGGAAAUGAUCACCUGCACAAGGAGAACAUCCCAUAACCACUAUACUAAC